CUAAUAAACCCUAAAGACUGGAACUCGGGUACUUACGAGGAAAACGGCAACAAAUCUGACAACAAACGGAGAAAGUCUGCCUUUCAGUUUUAAGAGACCGUUUUAUUAAUCGUCAGUGUUCCACAACACAGGAAAGGCUUCGAUUUAUAUCUCCAGCUCCGCAUCAUGUCCGCAGACCUGGAUCUUUCUCCUCCGGAGGUUCCCGAGCCCACUUUCUUCGAGAGUCUCCUGCGUUAUGGAUUAUUUGUUGUUGCCAUUUUCCAGCUCAUCUGUAUUUUAGCUAUAAUCAUACCCACAUCCAAGAGCCACGAACAGGUGCGGAUAACUUCCAGUGCCACAGAUAUCUGUGCUUUUCAGUAAAGUCAACCAAAUAUAGAAUCAGACCUUUUUGAAACAAUCAUACCUGCUACUA